UCCGGAAUCCGGAUCGGCUCCGGCUUCACCUCCCCCCCCCCCCCCUCCCCCGCAACCCGAAUCCGAAUCGAGAGUCGCUAUAUCGGGGCUCCGUCUCUAGCUUCCCUCCUCGUAUUAUCGACUCCCAGGCGGCAUGGGGGACAAAAAGAGCCCGAACAGCUUUUCAAGGCCAAAGAGGCAAGCCAAACCUGGCUCGGAGGACGGCUUCUGGGACUGUAGUGUCUGCACCUUCAGGAACAGUGCGGAAGCUUUCAAAUGCAGCAUUUGUGAUGUACGGAAAGGGACGUCCACACGAAAACCAAGAAUAAACUCCCAGCUGGUUGCACAACAAGUAGCACAGCAGUAUGCAACACCUCCACCUCCAAAAAAAGAGAAGAAGGAAAAAGUUGAAAAAGAUAAGCCUGACAAAGAAAAAGAAGUAAGCUCAAAUGCAAGCAAAAAGAACAGCAACAAAAAGAUAAAGCCGAAGAUGGAACUUGAAAAAGGACCUCCUAGUGAAAUCAACAGUAUACAGUCUGGGAAAGCUGCAACAAAAACUGACAGCUUACACACUUCAAGGCCCAAGCUGAAAAACGUAGACCGAAGUACUGCACAACAGCUUGCAGUGACAGUGGGUAAUGUUACAGUAAUUAUAACAGACUUUAAAGAAAAAAUACGUUCCUCUUCCACAUCAUCAUCAACGGUCACAUCCAGUGCUGGAUCUGAGCAACAGAACCAAAGUAGCUCUGGAUCAGAGAGCACAGACAAGGGUUCAUCGCGUUCCUCUACGCCAAAAGGUGAAAUGUCAGCAGUAAAUGAUGAAUCGUUCUGAGCUUUGCCAGGCUCCAGACAUGCACAUGCAAUGUGAAAAGUAUGAAUGAAUACUUUUGACAUUUUUUAUGUAUUCCCUUGGUUUUAUAUUUUCCUAACAAUCAUUUAUAAUGGAUGUGCUCCUGAAUCUACUUUUUUAUAAAUCUGCUGUGCACAAUUUCCAUGUACAUUAUGUAUUUUGUUACAUUUGACUUUUAUUUAUUACAUUUGCAAAUUCCACCCUUUUCAACAUAUACUUUUUUUUGUAAGUUUUGUUGCCAGCAACUAUGCUGAUUAUUAGCGAUUUUAGAGAUGUUAAAUGUCUAACUGGUUUAAACAGAAUAAAAGGUUGUUAGAAACCAACACACAAAACACUGGUGCUUAAUACACUGUGAAAUAAAAGCAGCAUUCAACAGAUAAGAUUAGGACAGUGCAUUCCAGCAGAGAUGAUCAAGUUCUGCAAACUAUUGUAAUGAAAGCUGUCUUGUCCUCAGGAUUGUUAACUCUUCAGAAGCAGAAAAGGCUGAGGAGAAGUACACUUGAGGCAACUGAACAAUAGCUGGAUUAGUUCAGUGUCUAUUAAGCAAUAGAUGUGGGUUCCUCCUUACACUUACCUGAAAGCUGUGUCAUUGUGUGCUAUAAAUGUAAUUAUUCUUAAUGCUGUAGUUCCCAGCCACCUAACUAAUCUAAAGAUGCGGUGCCUCAUAACUGGCAGCAUGAUUUAACUUGUUUCACAUUGACAUAUAAACUAAAGCAGCUUACCUGUGGGGAAAGAAAAACAUUUAACAGUCCAAGCUCAGUGGCAAUCAAAUGAAGAACCCCUUAGCUCCUGUGCAUGCUGCAUACUGUUAUUAGUACUUAAUUUUUACCAAGGAAGUAGACAUCAGUAUAUAUGUGUUCAAAAGCAGCAUUGAUUGUUACUGAAAAAUGCAUUAAGUUUCUGAAGAUGGGAUCAUUUUGAAUCUGUAUUUUCACCUUCAAAUAAACUGCUUUAGUUGUACUUCUACAAUAAAAACAUGUGAUUGGUCAUUGCAACUUUAAAAUUUGACACAUUUAAUAUCCACCUUCAGUUUUUGCACUUGCCAGCAAUAUUUGAUUGUUGUUUAACUACUCUUUCUACAUCUGUACAGUUAAAGCCAAAUCUGUAUUAAUUCAAACAGUAAUGGGAGAAAAAGUAAGAGCUUGAUUCAGAAAGUUAUGCUGAAUCUCUUUGCCAUUCCUUUUGUUACAGAUGUAAAUAACAGAAAAUUUCUAAUCAUAUACGAAAGCAAAAUUGUAGCUGCGUGUUCCUCUUGAAUCUACACUUCAUGGCCAUAAAAGAUCAUUAAAUCGUGGAGAAUUUAAGUGGAACAUAACUGAGUAGAUUUGCUGUUUACAGUCUUCAUGUCUUUUUUCUGUGCACUCCUCUUUCGGUCAUUUUUUAUGUCUGGCUUUGGUACUCUACUUUUCAAAUCUGUUUAAGAAAAAAGUCUUGAACUAUUUAGGUUUGAAACACCUUGUUUCUGUUUUCUUCCUUACCCUCAAUUGUAAAAGGUACAUGUUACUCUGUUACCAAACAACUAGCUUUAGUAAUGGAUGUGGUUUUCCCUUCUUGACGACAUAGUAUGCUUGCUGAGAAAGAAAUACCACCCCCUGAUUUUUGAAUUGUAAGUCUGGUAUGAGGUGCAAGUUGUGUGACCAGUUGCGUUUAUAAAUACUGGAGAGCAUAUUUCUACAGAGGCCUUAUACAUAGCAAUCACCUACCAUCGAUACAUAACACUGGAGAGGUUGCCUACUAAGUCUUAUGAAUUAUUGCUUCCACGUCAAUCUUAAAGUUCAUGGGGAAAAAUAAGUUGGUGUUACCAAUUGAGUUUCAUGGAAGGAAUUUAUUCCAAAUUUCAAUGAACAAAUAUGAACCAAUUAUUUAACACUAUGUUGGCAUUUGUCUUUUGGACUUGGCAUAACCAGUAAAUCGUACAAAAUACAUUACAUAAUCUUCAAGUUUUAUGUUAAAGUUACACUUAGUCAUCAAAUAUUAAGUUUUUAUUUGAUAUUGUCACUAACAGGAAUAAAUUCCCAUUUUUCUUUAAUAGUGUCAGAGUGGAGAGGCUCUGAGUGAAGGAUGAGGAUUAAUAUGUGCAAAGUGCAAGAUCCACGUAACAAUUAGUCAAUGUUCCCUUAUAUUAAGACUUGCAUAAAUUCAUACUGUGAUUUAUCUUUGUAUGAAAUGAUGCACUUAGGUUUCACAGACUUCAAUAUUUUUCUUCUUUGUAAAUUGUACCUCUGGAAUUUAAUACGUUUCUCUGCAGUAUUAACAUUUAAAUUGUUUGAAAUUAAGUUUAUUCAAACUCGGUUUAAGAAUGUUUAAUGCUUCAUUUAAUAUUGUGAUUUAGGAAGGUGGUAAACUUGUACUUAAGGAUGAAUUUUAUUUAAGAUAUGAUAGCCUUCACAUAGGCGUAUGAACACUAGCUGUACAGAUAAUUUAACAUCAGAGUGGAACAUAAAGGUUAAUAAGUACCACACUGAUGCUGGGACAGGCAUAAACUGAAUGCAAUUUUCAUGUAAUGUAAUGAACCCGCAGUCUAUUGAACUAUUUUCAUUUGGUUAGGUGCUGUCCUUUAGGGUAAUAGCCAGCUUCCUCUGUGCUGCUUAGCCUAGUUUUUUUUUUACUUAGGACCUGACAGCUUUUCUGCAGUGCCUCCUGAACUGAAACUACACAGCCAAAUAGGCAUGUUGUUGAUGACUUGGAAGCAAGUCACUAUUUUAAUGUUAUAUUCUGUAGACUGAAUUGGUGCACAGACUUUUUUAACAGUCUUUAAAGCAACAGUAAUUCUGCAAGUUGAAAUUGGUAAAGUGUUUAAACAUAAUGAGCCACUUCAAAGUUGAUACAACUUGUAUAAAAACAUUUCUAACUAUUUCUGGAAACUCAUUAUUGGAAAGAGUGGCACUUCAUCUGCCUUACCAAAAAUAUUUCAGUCUACUUUUAUAAACUAUUGUAACUUAAAUUAUUGAAAAAAUGUAAUGUUUGCUGGAAAUAUUAAAAUGCUUGUAAGUAACUUGAAAGGGUUCAAGAGCCAACCUUUAGAAAAUGACAACGAACUGAACAGUUUUUUAAUGCGCAAGCAGUUCUGUUCUUGUGUAUGACUUGUAACCUUUAUUUACUGUGUAAAGAUGGUUACAUUGUUAUUUCUUAGCUUUGUUCAUUGGAUACCCAUAUAGAAUGCUUGUUUAAAGUGGCAUAACAUAAUCUUGUGAAUUUUGUUAUUGUAUUAUACAAGGUAUAUUUUCAUUUGCCCAGAAAGAUGUCCUGUAUAAUGCUUUGGAAGUUUUUUGCUCUGUAAAUUAAAUAGGGCUGACAGCGUGCUAGAUUUGUUUUCUUUAAUCUUCAUGCUGCUGUGUUCAUGGUGGUUUUGUGAGCUGGUAAAAUUAUUUCCAGGUCUUAAAUGUUUUGGGGACUUUAUAAUCUACACUGCUUUUUGUCUAGCAAAUAAAAGAUGUUAAUAUAUUCCUGUUACUGGCAUGUGCACGAAUAUGUUAUUAGAAGCCACUUUAUUAUUUCCUUCUUAACUGCUUCAAAUAGAAAUGUCUAUUUAUGAAUUCUGCUUGUAGUUUUUCACAAAUAAAAUAGUUUAAAAAAA